AGGGGCAGGGGGCAGCCAUGGCGGCCGAGCGGGCCCGGGGUGCUGAGGGGCCGCGGGGCCGGGCCGGGCCCGCCGCGGGCGCCAUGAGCCAGGGUGGCGGGGCCGCCGGCGAGAGCGGCGAGCCGGAGGCCAAGGUGCUGCACACCAAGCGGCUGUACCGGGCAGUGGUUGAGGCCGUGCACCGGCUGGAUCUCAUCCUUGGCAAUAAGGCAGCUUAUCAGGAUGUGUUCAAGCCAGAGAACAUCAGCUUGAGGAACAAGCUGCGGGAGCUGUGUGUGAAGCUGAUGUUCCUGCAUCCAGUGGAUUAUGGAAGAAAAGCAGAAGAACUGCUCUGGAGAAAGGUUUACUAUGAAGUUAUCCAGCUCAUUAAAACAAAUAAAAAGCACAUCCACAGCCGCAGCACCCUGGAGUGUGCCUACAGGACUCACCUGGUGGCUGGCAUAGGAUUCUACCAGCACCUCCUGCUCUACAUCCAGUCCCAUUACCAGCUGGAGUUGCAGUGCUGCAUCGACUGGACACACGUGACAGACCCUCUCAUAGGCUGCAAGAAACCUGUGUCUGCAUCAGAGAAGGAGAUGGAGUGGGCACAGAUGGCCUGUCACCGAUGUCUGGUUUAUCUGGGAGAUCUAGCUCGCUACCAGAAUGAGCUGGCAGGUGUGGACACGGAGCUGCUGGCUGAGCGAUUUUACUAUCAAGCCCUUUCUGUUGCACCACAAGUUGGAAUGCCCUUCAACCAGCUGGGGACAUUGGCAGGGAGCAAGUACUACAAUGUGGAAGCGACCUACUGCUACUUACGCUGCAUCCAGUCUGAAGUGUCCUUCGAAGGUGCCUAUGGGAACCUGAAGAGGCUGUAUGACAAAGCAGCCAAGAUGUAUCAUCAGCUGAAGAAAUGUGAGACAAGGAAGUUGUCCCCAAGCAAGAAACGAGGAAAAGACAUUAAGAGGUUGCUGGUGAGCUUCAUGUACCUGCAGAGUCUUUUGCAGCCAAAGAGCAGCUCUUUGGAUUCUGAGCUGACAUCCCUCUGCCAGUCUGUGCUGGAGGAUUUCAACCUGUGCUUAUUCUACCUGCCCUCUCCUCCUAACCUGAGCUCAACUAGUGAAGAUGAAGAGGAAUAUGAGAGUGGCUACUCCUUCCUCCCUGAUCUGCUGAUCUUUCGCAUGGUGAUCAUCUGCCUUAUGAGCGUUCACAGCCUCAAGAGGGCAGGUUCCAAGCAGUACAGUGCAGCCAUUGCCUUCACGCUGGCUCUCUUCUCUCACCUGAUAAAUCACGUCAAUAUUCGCCUCCAGGCUGAGCUAGAAGAAGGGGAAAAUCCUGUCCCAGCCUUUCAGAGUGAUGGCACAGAUGACCAGGAGCCACGGGAGCCUGUGAACUCAAUUGAGAAGGAAGCUGAAGCUGAGUUGGCCAAUCAUCAGCCCAGUGAGGAACAGAGGAAGAACGACUGCAAGAAAAGCAAAAAGUACUCCCGUCUGUCCUGUCUGCGCCGCCGCCGCCACCCCCAGAAGGUGGAUGAGAGCGACCUGAGUGAGGGCUUUGACUCUGACUCCAGCCAGAGCUCCAUCAAGGGCAGUGAUGGCUCAGAGAGUGGUUCAGAGAAGAGUGAUGAGGAAGCAGAAGCUGCUUUUGAUGUGGAGACAGACUCUGACAUGAACAGCCAAGAAUCUCGGUCUGACUUGGAGGACAUGGAGGAUGAACCCGGUGAGGACGGCAGCAGCCAAGGCAAAAGUGGGCCCAAAGAGGCCUUAAAAAACUGUGUGGAUAGCAGUGGGCUGGGGGACUCCAAGGGCCCAGGCAUCUCUAAAACUGAAGCUGUAGAUCCAGCAGUCAAUGGGCCAGCUUCCCUGAGCACUAAUGAUGCAAGCAUAGCCAGUAAUCUCCAGGCCAUGUCCACCCAGCUGUUCCAGACCAAACGCUGCUUUCGCUUGGCUCCCACCUUCAGCAACAUCCUCCUGAAACCCAACAGUGAGCCACCUGCCUUGAAGGAUGGCAUAGAGAGCAAGCCAUGUGUCAAUGGAGAUCUGGAGAAGCCCAGCUUGGCAGAGCAAGAUGAUGUGUCUGACUCUGAAGAAAGCAUUUCAAGUAACAAAUCCUGCAGAAACGAGCGAUCCCUUCAGGAGAAGUUGGAGAUUGUGACCAAUGAAGGGCUGCUGCUUACUGUCAAGGUGUUCCUGGACUGGCUGAGGACAAACACAGACCUCAUCAUUAUGUGUGCUCAGAGCUCUCAGAGCCUGUGGAACAGGCUGUCUGUGCUCCUGAACCUUCUGCCUUCUGCUGCAGACCUGCAGGAAUCAGGGCUGGCCCUGUGUGAUGAAGUCAAGGACAUCCUGAGUGAUGCUGAGCUCCCAGACCUGAAGGCCAACCUGCUGCUCCCUGAGGACGUGGCCCUGCGCAAUCUGCCCCCUCUGAAAAAUGCACACAAGAGGUUUAACUUCGAGCAGGACCGGCCCAUUUUCUCAGCAAUUGAAGAGUCUGUCGUGAGGAUCUGCUGCAUUCGGAGCUUUGGCCACUUCAUCACCCACCUGCAAGGCAGCAUCCUGCAGUUCAACUCAGAGCUUGGCAUCUUCAUCAGCAUAGCACAGUCAGAGCAAGACAGCUUGUUGCACCAGGCCCAGGCUCAGUUUCACAUGGCUGCAGAGGAAGCUCGUCGGAACAGGCUCAUGAGAGACAUGGCUCAGCUUCGACUGCAGCUGGAGGUGUCUCAGCUGGAGGGCAGUCUCCAGCAGCCCAAGGCACAGUCAGCCAUGUCUCCUUACCUGGUUCCGGACACCCAGGCCCUGUGCCAGCACCUGGCUCUUGUCAAGCAGCUGGCCACGAGUGGGAGGUUCAUAAUCAUCAUCCCUCGAACAGUUAUCGAUGGCCUAGACUUCCUGAAAAAGGAGAACGCCGGUGCUAGGGACAGCAUUCGGUAUCUGGAGGCAGAAUUUAAAAAGGGAAACAGGUACAUUCGUUGCCAGAAAGAUGUUGGGAAGAGCUUUGAGAGGCAUAAAUUGAAGAGACAAGAUUUAGAUGCCUGGAAUCUGUAUAAAAUUCUGGACAGCUGCAAACAGCUGACAGUGUCCCAGGGCAGUGGAGAGGAUGACACCACGGGAAUGGUCACCAUCAUCACGGGCUUCCAGCUGGAGGACCCGAGCUCCUUCUCAGUGCCCAUGCAGUCUGCCAUGCAGGCAGCCGCCAACGCCAGCAUAGAGAUAAAGAAUGUUCUGGAAUUCUACAAGCAGUGGAAAGAGAUGGGCUGAUGGUCAGAAAGGCAUCGGGUUGGUGAACCUUUCUCUCCCCCUCUCGCAACGUGCAGCGUCUGAACGAAGGAAACAACAAUCUGGGCGACACUUAAGACACGAAGAAGCAGCAGCAGCAACAAAAAUACCUACCCAAACGAAUUAAAAAAAACAAAAAACCCAAAGUGGGCACGCACACUGACACCCUCCACCUGCAUCCUGACCAGACAGACGGCUGUACAGCUCUGAUGGCGCCAACUGCUCUGAGAGAGGCCCCUCGGAACGGCCGGGGCACAGCUCUGCCCUUCUCCCCGUGGGCAGAGAUGGGCGAGAGACAGGCAGUCAGUCCUUCAUCCCCCUCCUUCCUCCCAAAGCUUGCUUGGCCAGCAGAAGCAGGCUGGUGGUUCAAAGCAUGGACUUCACUUCAGCAAAACCAAACCAGUGCAGCAGAAACGGAACCCUCCGGCUUGGGAAAGAAGAUCCAAAGAGUGUUUUGCUCUUGUUUGGCAAUCUGGGGACAGGAAAGUGGAUAGUAUUUCUCCCCCACCCCCCCUUUUGAAUGAAUUAUUUUUCAAGGGUUUUUUCCUUUUAAUUUUUAGUUUUUAUAUAUAUGGAUAAUAUUAAAAAAAAAAAAGAAAAAAGAGGAGUUCCUUUGGGGUUUUGGAUACUCUUCCAACGUCAGAAAGAAAAGGAAACACUCUAUUUAAAAGUGGGGGAAAGCUCUUAAUAUAAUUUUUUUUUUUUUUGUCUUAGAACAAGCAUAUUUAUUUCCUUUCCCAGGCCCCCGUGGAGCGGGCUCAGUGCAAAGGGAUGUUGGCCUGUGAGGAGGGAGCAGCCCCGUGUUGCACUCUGCUCUCCCUGGGAGCUGCACGCUUCCUGAGCAACACGAGCUCCACCACGCUGCUCCAGGGAGGCCACAGGACUCUGCCUCCAUCCCCAGUUUCUCCCACUAUGCAUCAGACCUCGGAGAAAAGGAGGAAUCUGGCAGAACUGCUGAAAGAGAGAGAAGAGCCGGGUGGGAUUUAUACACCAUUAAGGCUCAAAUGCUUGGCUUGAGCACUGCAACACUGGGAUGGAGCAGACGUCUCCAAAGGACCCAAAGCCUCUUUUUCAUCUUUUCUUUUUUCCCUUUUUUUUUUUCCCCACUAAAUCUUUCCAUAGGGUGUGGAGGAGGAAGGAGAAUCUCAAAGCCAUUACCUUCUGCUGGUUGUUCAAUGCACCACUGCUGCAAUGCUGUGCUAGAGAUGGUGACAGAGCUGGAGCAUUUGUGUCCCCCUUCCUCUCAUCCCUCUGGGCUGGCAGAGGCUGCCCAGGAGCACAGAGCUCACAGACUGCUCCGUGCUUUUGGCAUCCCAAACAGGAGGGCUGAAGCUGCCUGGAAGGGUGCUGGAAGAGCUGGGAGGAGUCCUGCAGCCCUCCAUGUGGCAGCAUCUCAUGCAGCCUGUGUCUGACACGCUGUCGCUCGGCUAUGAAGCUGCAGGUUGCUCACAGGGCAGCAGGACAGGGGCUGGGCAGUCUCUUCAUGCUCCCUCUUGCCUCUGCGUGCCCACUGAACAGAUGUCUCCAUCCACAUGAACCAGCAGCAGCUAUGCAAGUACAAACCAUUGGAGUCUUCUGUCUGUGUUCUCACAUGGUCCAGCCAGAAACUGCUGCAGCCAGAGAGGAUAACAUGAGGAGCUGAGUCACAUACUGCACUCUGUGCAGGCUCCAAGCAUGGUGUGCUGUACUGCACUGGCAGGAUGUUCCUUGUUUUCAGGUAAAAACUAAAAAAUACCAGCACAAGUACCAGAGGAUUCAUUUCUAUUCCAGUUCCAGCUCCUUUACAGCACAGCAGAGGGAAAUGCCAUCCCUGGAGGCUGACAGGCUGGCUGUGAGGGACAGGGGUUUCCCUGCAGGAUCUUCCCUUUUACAGCUUCUCCUGAAACUCACAGGACUUUGCUUGGCUAAGCCAAGAGAAGGUCAUCUGCAGGACAGCAAGUCAGAGACUCUGGCACACCUUGGGGAUUCUUGGAGAUCUGAGAUGGAUUGUGAAGCUCCCAGUCACUCUUCCCUCCAGUGGUUCUGUUGGAAGUCAUUUGUUGGUGUAGCUCAUUAUUUCUGUUUGAUGGGGUGGAAAAAGAGAAGGGAAUUUCCUUUGGGACUGUUCUUGAGGUGAAGCCCUCCUUGUCUGGUGGGGGGCACAGAGAGUUGCACAGUGAUGUGCUCUGCUUUUUCCUGCUGCUGAAGAAACCCCCCCCUGACCCUGGCUGCUGAGCACAGCAGAGGAGUCUGGAGGUCACUGGGGCUGAGCUCAUGUUUGUCCUGAGAGCCUCAGUGUCACCCUUGUCCCUGACUUGGGGUUGGUGAAGAGAAGCAUUGCUGGGCUGUGGUCAGAGCAGAGAGGAGCUGGGGGCAGCCUUCAGCUUCACCCCAGAGCAUUCCUUGGGUCCUGGCUGGAUCUUGAGGGGAGAGAAGAGCAGUACAGGUAAAGCAGCAGCCCAGAGGGAAUUCCUGUCUGGCUGAGUGUUUUCAGUUCUUGCAGCUCCCACAGCUGUGCAGGGUGGCAGCAGGGAGCCAAGUGCUGCACAGCUGGGCAGGCUGAGGGGGAGCUGUGUUCUGAGUCACUGAGGCCUUGGUGGGCACAUCCAGUUUAAGAACAAAAGUAAAUAAACUCAUUUUCUGUAAGCAGAGGCAGUGGAGCUGCUGUGAGCCCAUGUGGGGGCUCACAUGGUGACAGCAGGGGCUGCUCACAGCUCUCCCUUAGUCACUGCUCUGGUCCCCUGAGGGGCUGGUUUAAUAUUCCAAGGUUUUACAUACCUGGAGGGGAGAAAGCAUCCCUCACCAUGCAGUGGGGAUUCCUGACUGCCCCCAUGGCACCCUCCACUCUGGGCUGCAUGGGGAGGGAUUGUGACCUUUAAAAAGGACCCCUGAAAGGUCCCUGUGCUCCCCUCUUCCUGUCCAGAGCACUGUGCUCGAGGACCUGCUGAAUGAUUUUUGGAUUUGCAUCCCCAGUCAGAGAUACCUGGAGCUGAAAACCUGGGAGGCCCCAGAGUGUGGGAGCAGUGUGGCUGCAGAGCAGCUUGGGGAGAUGGCAUGUAGUGUCCUCCAGCAAGCCUGGCCUUCUGAGGGGGCACAACAUAUCAUCCCCUGCACUGGGGUAAAGGAGGACACUUCUCUGCCCCCCUGCCAACACUCAGGAUGAGCUGGAGUUUCCUCUUGAACAGAUCUGCUCUGUCCAGGGCCCACUGUGUUUCUCCCCUGGCAUGGUGGUUGCUGCUCAAAGUGGCUCUGGGGGUGGCAGCAAAGGGGAUGGUCUGUGGAAGGCUCUGUGCAGCCUGUGGCUGCUGUGGUGCUGCACUGGGGGCUCCCUGAGAGCCCCCCACCCUGUCCAAGCAUCCUGGUCCAAGCCAGAACUGUGAGCUGCCUCCUCAGGAGAGCAUCAGGCAGGAUGGAGGCUGCAGGCUCUGGCUCUGGCUCCUGCACCCACUCCAGGCUUGCCCUGAGCAGCUGUGAGCCAGUCCAGUAGUGCCUGCUGUGCUGGGAAGGAGAGCAAACAGAAAAACCAUCUUGUGGGCUGAAAACAAGACUUUUCAUGUGUUCUGGUUUGUUUCUUGGGUUUGGUUUUUCUCCUCGUUACCACCCUGUUGAGCGGCUCGGGGUUUUUGGGGUGAGCCCAUGCUGGGAGGACACAGGUCUGUGGUGGCUGAGGCUGGCUGGGCUGUCCCCAAACCAUGGUGGACACAGUCACUGGUGCUUGUUGGGCUUCUGCUCCAUGGUUUCAUGGGCUGUUCCAAGCAGCUCCUCUGCUCCCAUCCUUGCUUGGCUUGAGGCCACCCGCAACGCCUCGGAUUUUGUCUCGCAUCUUCAAUUUUGGGCUCUUUUCCUUCCUGGUGAGCAGCAGCACUGGCCAGGCUGGCACAGGGGCCGUGGUGCUGCCUUGCCACUCCCAGUGAAUUAGAGGCGAGGGACAAUCACCUCUCCUCAGCCCUCGUGUGGCACACGGGCUUGCAGAGCCAGGGAGGAUCCGGGGGACACGGGGCCCAGCUGGGAGAGGAGGGGCUGGGGCUCCCAGCACAUGUCUGACCAUGGUCUGAGCACAGCAACUGGCUUAAUAAAAUACCAGAUGUUUGUACUUCGU